UUUUCCCCGGAAGUGCCUCCCCUCUUCCCGAGUCCGCGCGGACGCGGCUCCCUUACCUCAUUUGUCCUCGCCCCUCCCCGUCCGUCUACGCGUUUUGGUUCCUGGUUGGUGCUUCCUGGUCGCAGCCGCGGCACGGCAAGGUUACUGACUUCAUGAUGUUUGGUGGCUUCGAGACUAUAGAAGCAUAUGAAGAUGACCUUUAUCGGGAAGAGUCAUCUAGUGAACUGAGUGUGGAUAGUGAGGUGGAAUUUCAGCUCUACAGUCAAGUUCAUUAUGCCCAAGAAUGUGGUAAUGCCGUCAGGGAGGAAGAACAUGAAGAAAAGAACUCUGAGAAUGCCAAAGCAUCGAGUAGUAAACCAAAUCAGAACUUAAUUGUCCUCUCAGAUACUGAGGUUAUCCAGCUAUCAGAUGGGUCAGAGGUUAUCAGUUUGUCUGAUGAAGAUAGUAUUUAUAGAUGUAAAAAAAAGAAUAUUAGAAUGCAAGCACAAGGAAAGACCCAAGAUCAUCCUGCUUUUCUUCGUUCGGAAUCAGUUAAGAAAUGCAAGGGAGGCAUGAAAAACCCUGAACCUAAAGCUAGAUCAGGUGUAAUCCAAGAGGUCAUGGUUAUAGAAGUCAGUUCAAGUGAAGAGGAAGAGAGCACGGUUUCGGACAGUGAUCAUGUGGAAAGCUGGAUGCUGCUGGGAUGCGAAGUAGAUGACAAUGAUGAUGAUAUCCUUCUCAACCUUGUGGGAUGUGAAAACUCUGUUACUGAAGGAGAAGAUGGGGUAAACUGGUUCGUCAGUGACAAAGACGUUGAGGCCCAAAUAGGUAAUAAAAGAUCAUCUGGAAGAUGGACCCAUCGAUACUAUUCGACCAACAAAAAUGUUACCUGUAGAAAUUGUGACAAAUGUGGCCAUUUAUCAAAAAACUGCCCCUUACCACAAAAAGUUCGCCCCUGCUGCCUCUGCUCUGAGAGAGGACACCUCCAGUAUGCCUGUCCAGCCCGCUUUUGCUUUCACUGUUCUUUGCCUGUGUCUUCUGCUCACAAAUGUCUCGAAAAAGCUUCCUGGAAAAAACGAUGUGACCGAUGUGAUAUGAUAGGCCACUAUGCUGAUGCUUGCCCAGAAAUCUGGAGGCAGUAUCACCUAACGACCAAACCUGGACCACCCAAAAAGCCAAAGACCCCUUCUGGACAAUCAGCCUUAGUGUAUUGCUACAACUGUGCACAGAAAGGCCAUUAUGGACACGAAUGUUCAGAAAGACGGAUGAUUAACCAGACAUUUCCAACAUCUCCAUUCAUCUACUACUAUGAUGACAAAUACGAAAUUCGGGAGAGAGAACGAAGAAUAAAACGAAAAGUAAAAGAACUCCAGAAAAAUGGGAAUUUUCCAAGGCAGUUCAAGAGACCUCACAUGGAAGUGGCAGGUAAGAAGCCCCACUGUGGUAUGAAGAAGAGCCAUGCCUCAUGGAAGAGCAACAGGUGGCCUCAAGAAAAUAAAGAAACCCCCAAAGAAAUGGGGACUAGGAAUAGAAAACGUGGGAAGAACAGGAAGACUGACGGCCAUCGCGAAGAAGAUGAGGACUUUCCUAGGGGCCCAAAAACCCCUGGCAGCUUUAAAACCCAGAAGCCUCACAAGCCGUUUCACCAUCCAUCACAUUGCCUCAAGCCAAGAGAUGACAAGCUUCCCAAAGAGGGCAAGCGGGGCAAGCAGAAGAACAAGGAGAGAUACCUGGAAGAAGAUGGCAAUGAUAAUCUAUUUCUUAUUAAGCAGAGGAAAAAGAAAUCUAAGCUGUAAGAUAGCUUCUAAUUUGGCUUUUCAUUGUCUAUUUGGUCUUCACAUCUACAGUGUUCUGACGAUAUUUUUAUUAUGUAUGAUUCAAGUGAGUUUUGUUUCGUUUUUAAUUUGAACCGUACCUAGAGUUGCUAAACAGAGAUCUCAGUUCUCUUAUGCCCACCAGGAUUUUUAGGUGAGAAAUAGGAAGAUAGACUUCUCCUGUUCCAAUAUGUCAUUUUUACUCAGAAUCCUAUGGAUCGGAAAAAUUAAUCUUUUCAAAAUAUUUUUUUAAUACUUUGGGAAAAAAAGUUCAUCAAAUAUAAUUUAUCUGCAAUGCGAAAAUGAAAAUUGAAUCCUUGCAAGAAGAGAAAUUAACACUCAUAAAUCAACAGUCUCUUUUAGCAUUGCUUUUUUUUUUUUAAUUUUAACAUUAGAAAGGACAAUAGCUGUAAGUCUAAAUUUAGAUUUUCUUGCUUCUGAAGCUGUUGUCAGAAUCUUUCUUUGGACAGAACAUCACAAGCUGACUAUGAAAACCAAGGUAUCAUCAGAGAAUCCCUGUAAAGGCAGGAACUGGGCUAUAGGGAAACACGGGUAAGGGAUUCAGCUAGUAUACAUGUCACUAGACAGGUUUCCGGAAACAAGGGAGAAAGAGUCAUCAAAAAUGUUAACGUAAUCACAGUGUAAUAGUUUAUACCAUUUUUACAGCCACAUUUUAAGACUGUCACUCAGAUAGAGAAAGGUGAGCAUUACCCAACUUCAAAAAUUGUUUUCAUGAAUUUUUAACUACCACAAAGCUCUACAGAUUCUUUUGUAUUUGUGAACCUUUUGUACUUAUCAAAGCCAAAUGUUAGAAUGAAAAAAAUAAAAUGUCUGAUAAAGUAAA